GUAAGUUGGAAAAUACAAUUUUUUAAUUUUGUUUUUCUGAGAUUCAUCAGCCCUUCUUAAUUUUGUAAUAUAAUUUAAUUGCUUCUUUACCAAGAUAUAGAAUAAGGCAUGAAUUAAAAUACUUAACAUUAACAAACCAACUUGAUCAUUUUAAGGAGCGAUAGUCACAGUAAAAGUAAAGCUGUCAGUAGUUACAGAGGACCGUAGGGCAUUUCCCCCUUACAGAAAGGCACCUGGUGAAGGUUGAGCAUGAGGGUCACCAUGCAUGAAGUGAAGUUGAGCAUGUGGUACCUUCAUGGUAACCUCAGCUGAUACAGGAGUUGAAUCCAUGCCGUGAUAUCACUCUGCAUCACAAACCAGCUGGCCAGUGUGUUAUCUGCGCCGUAACAGUGCAAAUGAAUGAAAACCGUGGGCGCACAUCCUCCUGUUUCAGUUAACCCAUUUGGUUCAGUAGUUGUAUUAAUUUUCAAGCGGGUGCUAAAUUUUGUCGAUUUGUUAAUUCGCCUUAUUCAGAGUUUUUGUGGGAAUAAUAAGUGAUCAAUGAUAAUCCUGCGUGAAGCAUUUAAAUUUGAGUCAUGUGUAUAGUUAAUUCUGAAGAGGCAUUUAAGUAUGCUGAGGUGAAAUACUUGAAUAUAGUUAUGUGUUGGAAUUUCAGUGAUCUGUUAUGUAGCAGUUCCUCAGCUCGCAGUCUCCCAAAAGGGUCUGAGUAUAUUUGGCAACUGCUGCUGUCAGAUGAUAGAUUGGUAGGGUUGUAAUGUAUUACAUUCUCAUACACAGGAGGUGAUGGAUAGAGCUCCUCAAGAGGCUACUGCAGUCUUGAAUGCAAGAGCAAAGAUUCUGUACUGCUGCAUUCACCCUCUGGUGUAGUUACGGAAACAUUUCCUUUGGCAGCGAAUUGUGAGGGAGGUAGGAUUGAUGCCUGGAGGGGCUGUUUGAAUUCUGCGGCAGAUUGGACUGCGAUUCUAGAGUAGCAUCAUUUUGCAGUAACUGGCUUCGAUCUGGAUUCUUGGAUUUAAAACAUCAUCAACGAAAGCUGGGAGACGACUUAUGUUUUAAUCAAUCUCUGCCUUUAGCAGAUAAUAUUUUGGGAGUACUUGCUGAUAUUUUGAGAGGGCUAAAAUUAGCUUCAUUUCCACAAAAGGUUUUUGUUUUCUCUGCCCGUCUUGACUAUGAAACUGUAUGUGCAGAAGCACUGAGAUUGAUGAAGCAGAAAAUAUGUGGUAUAUAUUUACUUCCAACAGAAUAAAGAUCGGUGUCGUGUCCCCCUCUUUUGUCCUCAAGUCUGUGGCACAGCCUAUUCAUGCCGGCAUCUGUAUUUAUUUCUUAAACCGAAAGCAUGGCAACUGCUGGGAAUAGCUUUGUCCUCUUAUGGCAUGUUGAGGAUAGUGACUCUUCGUUGGAUUAUAGACAAAUUGCAAUGCAGACAAUACAGAGCAGAGUCUGAGAAUAAGUGAGGCGGAAGACUGAGACAUUGCAAAAGCAACGAAGCCCGUAAUGACAUCUGUUUGGAGUGUGCAAAACAGAAGUAUGAACUCUUCCUGGGAGGGAAACAAUAGCAGCCGACCAUUCUGUCUCUUGGGAUUCAGUUACAACGAAACUGCUAACAUUUGUCUCUUGGAAGUAAUCAUCAUUGUUUUUCUCACGGUGUUAAUAAUUUCAGGUAACCUUAUUGUUAUAUUGGUAUUUCAUUUUGCACCUCUUUUGAAUCAACAUACUACAAGUUAUUUCAUUCAGACCAUGGCAUAUGCGGAUCUUUUUGUUGGAAUCAGUUGCUUGGUUCCUUCUUUGUCCCUUCUACGAUAUCCGACAGGAUCCCAUGAAUCUUUAACAUGCAAAUUGUUUGGAUAUAUUGUGUCCGUGUUGAAAAGCGUCUCGAUGACCUCUCUGGCCUGCAUCAGUGUUGAUCGAUAUAUUGCUAUUACCAAGCCACUAUCCUAUAGUCAGCUGGUCACACCGUGGAGGCUGCGUGUUUGCAUUAUAAUAAUCUGGCUGUAUUCCUUCAUUGUAUUCCUUCCUGCUUUUUUUGGCUGGGGCAAGCCAGGCUAUCAUGGAGACAUUUUUGAAUGGUGCGCUAAUUCCUGGGAAACAAAUGUUUAUUUUGCAGGAUUUAUUGUGGCUUUACUAUAUGCUCCUGCUGCUUUUGUAGUCUGUUUUACUUAUUUCAACAUAUUCAGAAUAUGUCAACACCACACUAAGGAAAUCCGAGAAAGACAUGCUCGAUUUAAUACACAAGGAGAGACAUCAGAAAAUCCAGCUAGUUCUGAGAAACGUUAUGCUAUGGUUCUUCUUCGAAUCACCAGUGUAUUUUACAUCCUUUGGCUUCCAUACAUCAUUUAUUUCCUCCUGGAAAGCUGUCGUUUUUCUAAUAGCCCAGAGAUAUCAUUUCUGACAACCUGGCUUGCCAUUAGCAACAGCUUCUGUAACUGUGUUACUUACAGCCUCUCAAACAGCGUCUUUCGGAAGAGCCUGAAACGUGUCUCAGGUGCUGUUUGUGCUUCAUGUAUCUGGUAUGUGGAAAGCAAAAAUCCUUCAAUGCCUGGGAGUAAAAGGUCUUCCAAUGGCUGCAAUACUUAAAAAGUGCAAGACACAACUUUGUGUUUGCUCAUUGCAUCACAAAAGCCUGAAUGUGAUUUUAAUUUCUCGAAGUGGACUUAAAUUUUGAUCAAGAUGAAUGUGGUGUUGAGAACAAUUUAUCACUUGAUAUUACAGUUACCAACACAGCAUUUUAUGGGGCAGUUAAUUUUUUAAAAUUUAAAUUUAAUUUUCUAAAUGUUAAUUUUUUUAAAAUCUUGUGAUCAAAUUCCUAACUUCAUUCUCACCUGUUUAUAAUUGUGUAUGAAGUGUUUCACUCUUUCCAGGGAAUUUAAAUAUUUAUGGGCCAAAUGUUUUAAUUUCUUAGUGCACUUUGCAAGGAAUUUUCAAACAUACUAUUUCACUGACAAAAGAUAUGUAUAUUUGGAUUUGUAAUCAACUGUGAAUGCAAAAUUAACAUCUUUAUCAUAAGCGACAGACCCUUUUAAACAGUUCACAAGUUGACAGUUUUGCAGAGUCCUAUAGUUGCAUUGUUGUAACCAUAUCACGAGGCAACUCUUGAGUGCUGUGUAGCAGGUUGAAGUGUUUUUAUAUUCAUAUUGUGCAAAAAUUAUUUCACUCUGCAGAGAAUUUUCCAAGUCUCUCUUCCAGUAUUUUGUUAAAUACACUGUUGAACAUAAGUGGUCCUGAAAUGUUAUUAAGUAAUUCUGGAUGUAGGUUUGCUCAUUGAGCUGGAAGGUUCGUUUUCAGAC